ACUUGAAAUGAUGAUACGAUAUUUAUCACUGAUUCUGCUGCAGCUAAAAGAAAGCACUACAGCGUCCGAGACCCCAUCUAGACCAACCACCAAAGCCCGCGCAGCGGCUUUUACUUUCCUCCACAUGAACCACCUACGACAACACUGCUUCUCAAGAAGUAGAAAAAAAAAGAAUAGCAUGUUCCUCCACCUGGCAGGAAACGCCAACCCUCUUGGAGAUACACAACAAAAGAAAAAAAAAGAGAAAAAAAAGAAGAAGGCUAGCUCGCAACACCAAAGAGAACGAUGCUUGAAGAAAGAUGGAAAGAGAAAGGAGAACAAAGACGACCUGCUUGAUGUUGCCGACGUCUAUUCAAACACCAGCAUAUUCACCAAACCGCCCCCUCUGUAUACAGGCCCCUUGCCAUCCAAGAAGCCCUUUGCAACGCCGUAUCAAUAACCAAACCCCGUGUGGUGGUCGUCCAAUUUGCAUUACAAUAAGAUGACUAGUGAAGAGUGCAACGCACGCGUCUGGCAAGCAACAACAACAACACCACCAUAUGCGGAAGAUGCGACACAUUAACUACAGGCGCGACAACAAGGUAAGCUCAGGCGCAUAAAAUGGAACCCACGACUGUUUCAAGUCGAGGGCCCCACAUGGCACGGGAGCUUUGCUCAUCGAAAACAACGACGACCGGGUAUAUGAGCAAGCAAAAAUUAAAUUGACAAACGCGCCUUGACGACCGAGCCGCUUCCCUUACAUCUGAUGAUGCUCGGGUGACAGGCUUGAUGGGUCAAUGGUGCCGAAAGACACCAAAUUUUGCAUGUCCAGGUCCUCGUGGUUUUCGUCAAGCAGCGGUGACCGGAAGGGCAUGUUGAGGCUUUGCUUAGCGUACAUGUCCGUCAUUUGCAGCGCCUCGUCCGACAUG